CUCCACAUUUAGCGUCGCACCUAGAGGUGGCAAUUGGCCAAGCAGACCGAACUACGGAUUAUUACUACCCGAACAAUUUUGCGCAAAGGGCCAUAAAGCUUCGUAUUACAGAAUCGGGGAUGCUGAUAAUUUCCAACUUCAGUGUCAACCUGCAUGUUUUAAUCUCUCGAAAAAGGUUUGAAUAUAACGAUGGGGAAGCAAAAACUCAAAUGGUGAAUACGAAAUUCCGCAACGGGAAAUGUAUCAUACUUCCGUCCAUAACUUCGUGGAUGGAACACCCGCUGUAUAGAUCUUCACAGCGAUACGAAUCGCGAGUGAACGAUUUACCCGUAGGCUUCAAUCUAGGUCCUGAAAAUCCCUUGACCACGUCCGGAUUAUCUUACGAGUAUAACAAAUCAUACUGUGACUCGUUUUUCGACGAAUGGAGCGCGGCGCAAAAAAAUUGUGUACGGCUCAAGCAGAUCACAGAUGCGCCCGCCAACCGGCAGUUCCAGAUCCCCGGUAAAUAUGCCGCCCAGCUGUCCGCUUUGGUACAAUAUAGCGUGGGAGUAGAUCUCAA